AUGGCAUUUAGAAAAUCAAAUGUGUAUUUAAGUUUAGUGAAUAGUUAUAUUAUUGAUUCACCACAACCAUCAUCAAUUAAUUAUUGAUGAAAUAUGGGUUCAUUAUUAGGUUUAUGUUUAGUUAUUCAAAUUGUAACAGGUAUUUUUAUGGCUAUGCAUUAUUCAUCUAAUAUUGAAUUAGCUUUUUCAUCUGUUGAACAUAUUAUAAGAGAUGUGCAUAAUGGUUAUAUUUUAAGAUAUUUACAUGCAAAUGGUGCAUCAUUCUUUUUUAUGGUAAUGUUUAUGCAUAUGGCUAAAGGUUUAUAUUAUGGUUCAUAUAGAUCACCAAGAGUACUAUUAUGAAAUGUAGGUGUUAUUAUUUUCAUUUUAACUAUUGCUACAGCUUUUUUAGGUUAUUGUUGUGUUUAUGGACAGAUGUCACAUUGAGGUGCACUAGUUAUUACUAAUUUAUUCUCAGCAAUUCCAUUUGUAGGUAACGAUAUUGUAUCUUGAUUAUGAGGUGGGUUUAAUAUAGAGGAUCCAUAUUAUAGUAAUAUAAUAUUAAAUAAAUCUGUUUUAUGCUGAAAUAUCUUCAUUUGAAUAAUAAAUUACUAUAUUAUUCAAUUAAUUAUUUAUAAUAAUAUAAUUUGAAAUAAAAAUAAUAUAGUUAAAAUAUUUAUUAUAAGAAGAAAAUUAGCAGUAAUUAAUAUAUAUAUAUAUAUAAAAUUAAUUAUUCAGAGACUUUAUAGUUAUUAUAUAAAUAAUACUAUUAUUUAUGAUAAAAAUCAUAAAUUAAACACAGAUAAUCCUAUUUAUGCAUAUAUUGGUGGUUUAUUUGAAGGAGAUGGUUGAAUUACUAUUUCAAAAAAAGGUAAAUAUUUAUUAUAUGAAUUAGGUAUUGAAAUACAUAUUAGAGAUAUUCAAUUAUUAUAUAAAAUUAAAAAUAUUUUAGGUAUUGGUAAAGUAACAAUUAAAAAAUUAAAAAUAAAAGAUGGUACUAUUAAAGAAAUAUGUAAAUUUAAUGUAAGAAAUAAAAAUCAUUUAAAGAAUAUUAUUAUUCCUAUUUUUGAUAAAUAUCCUAUAUUAACUAAUAAACAUUAUGAUUAUUUAUAUUUUAAAGAUAAUUUAUUAAAAGAUAUUAAAUAUUAUAAUGAUUUAUCUUAUUAUUUACGUCCUAUUAAACCAUUUAAUACUCUUGAAGAUAUUUUAAAUAAAAAUUAUUUUUCUUCAUGAUUAAUUGGUUUUUUUGAAGCUGAAAGUUGUUUUAGUAUUUAUAAACCUAUAAAUAAAAAAAUAAAACUUGCUAGUUUUGAAGUAUCUCAAAAUAAUAGUAUAGAAGUUAUAUUAGCUAUUAAAUCAUAUUUAAAAAUUACUCAAAAUAUUUAUACAGAUAAAUUUAAUAAUUCAAGAAUAACACUUAAAAGUAUUAAUGGUAUUAAAAAUGUUGUAAUAUUUAUUAAUAAUAACCCUAUUAAAUUAUUAGGUUAUAAAAAAUUACAAUAUUUAUUAUUCUUAAAAGAUUUACGUCUUAUUCUUAAAUAUAAUAAUUAUUUUAAAAUUCCUCCUAAAUAUUAA